CGGCGGUCUCUGUGCUCGUGACGUCACCGCGAGGGCGUAUCACGGCGUCUCGUACUUCUUGGCGGCUUUUUUGACAAUAAAAACACACAGACAGGAGGUCCGUUUACGGCUGCGUCCGCUUCAGCACAGUCGAGACAUGAGUCGGGCACCCAGGAACUCGCAGCUCCCUGCCAGGGUAACUGAGAGCAGCAGGAUGAAUCUAAUGACACCCCAAGGAAAGGACCACCUGACCUUUGAGAAGCUGAAUUCAGCUAAGACGAUGUCUGCAACCACCGAGAGGAAAAUCAGCUUUUUUGGGAAAAGGUCAAGUGGAGCAGGAGGGUCUCGAAGCAGCCUUUUUGGUGCAUUUAGUAUAAUGGAGAAAAUCAAAGAUCCUCGGCCACUCCAUGAGAAGACAUUUGUUCAGCAGUGCAUUAAAAAUCUGUGUGAGUUUCUUAAUGAUAGUGGAUUCCCAGGCUCUGUCACUGUGAAGUCCCUACAGUCUCCAUCUACAAAAGAAUUUUUAAAGAUCUUCUGUUUCAUUUAUAAUCAACUGGAUCCAAAUUUCCAGGAGCCAACUUCUAAAAUCGAGGAGGAGAUUCCACGACUUCUUAAGGAACUGGGAUACCCAUUUCCUCUGUCCAAGAGCUCCAUGUACUCGGUGGGUGCGCCACACACUUGGCCCCAGGUUCUUGGAUCACUAAUAUGGAUGAUAGACAGCGUACAGGUGAUGAAGUCUGUUAAAGGGCAGGAUUUGCUGUAUCCAGACUUUUCUGAUGGUGAUUUUGAAACGGAAGAUGGAAUUCAGUUUAAUAAAUUGUUCAUGGAGUAUACCUCCCGGUGUUACGAAGAGUUUAUGCAAGGAGCUGACACGUUUGAACGCCAAGACGCCAUAUUUCUGCCUAAGCUAAAAGAAUUAUUCAAUGUGGAUGAAAACCAUUUGGCAUGUCUGGCCGAAAAGGCUCAAGUUCUUGCGCGUGAAGUGGAGAAUUUGGAGAAGACCACUCAAAUGGUUAGACUGCAUUUGGAGGCAGUGAAACAGGAAAAUGAGCGACUGCAGCACAUACUUGAAAAUCAGAAACUUUCUCCAGCUGAUAUCGAGAGGAUAAAUCAUGAAAGGCGGGAGCUGCAGCAGACGAUUUCAGACCUGACCAAAAGUUUGGAGGAAGCUGAAGGUCAAAAAUGGAAGGAGGAAAUUAACCUUGCAAAAGCUAAGGAGUCUGUGGAAAGUGUGCUGGCCGAUUACCACAGUUUGGCCAGGAAGCUUAAACUGAUCCCGUCGUUAGCUGAGAAUGCUUGUGGACAAGACUUUGAAAUUAAAUUCACCCCUGAGAGCGCAUUCUCUCAGAUGAACAACUACAAAACUCAGAUUGAAAUUCCCCUCAACAAUAUGAUCUCUCAGAUGGAGGAGGAGACCAGCAAACAACUUCACCACAAGCUGAGCCUCGAAGAAGCUGUGGAGCAGAUGAAUUCCGUCCUUUUGGAUAAGGAGGCUGAGAUUAAACAGUUGAACCAGCAGCUGCAGAAACUGAGUGAGCAGGUAGAGCAGGACACCGAGGAAAUGAAGAGGAAGGAGGAGAGCUGGGCGCUGGAAGUGCAAUCCCUCGAGGACCGGAAAUCUGCCUUGGAGAAGAAGAUGAUGGAGGACAUGGAGAAAGUGUCUGAGGAGCUGAAGGCGGCGCAGCAACAGUAUCACUUUGUUGUUCAAGAGAAGACUGAAGAGAGACGCAGGGUGGUCUCGAAUCUGAAUGUUAUCCUAGAGAUGGUGACCAACUAUUUGUCAAAGAUGGAGCACACCCUGGCAAAGCAUAAGGAGCAAGUGGACAGAGACCACCAGGAAUGUGUGGCGGAUGAGUCUGUCCAGAAGCUCUCGGAAAUGUUCCAGAGCGCCAGAGAUCUGUUUGACUGACUGGGGUCCGUGGGUGGAGCUGGGGGCGGGUGGAUGGGCGGGGGGGUU